AUCAUAAAAGAUGGGCGACACGAAAGACGGUCCUUGGAAAGACCCUUUCGUGCAAUCGGCCCAUGGACGAAUUGUAACUGCGGGAUCUCGAGGAUCGAGACGACUCAUUUUUCACGAUGGCUUCUCUUCUAUCGAGGUGCACAAAUUCCUUGAGAAAUCUUAGUAUUUCUCAUGGGAAAUUGCUGGCCCAGAAUGGUGCACGAAGUUUAUGCUCCAGUACAAACAAGCCCACAGUACGGCCUCGGGAUGAACUCCAGAAGGGGAGACUGGUAGAGUUUGGCAACUACGUGGCAGACUGCCUCCCCAAGUAUGUCCAGGAAGUCCAGGUGACCUAUGGUAAUGAACUGGAGGUGAUGAUCCAUCCCGAAGGCAUCAUUCCAGUCAUAACCUUCCUCAGGGAUCAUCAUAAUGCACAGUUCAAGUCACUCAUUGACAUCACAGCCAUUGAUGUACCCACAAGGUCUCAUCGCUUUGAGUUGGUGUACAAUUUCCUUUCUCUCCGAUACAAUGAACGUAUUCGUAUCAAGACCUAUACAGAUGAACUGAGUGCCGUAGAUUCAUUAGUACCUGUCUUCAAAGGAGCUGAUUGGCUGGAGAGAGAGGUUUGGGACAUGUACGGUGUAUUCUUUGCCAACCAUCCUGAUUUGAGACGAAUCCUUACCGACUACGGCUUUGAGGGCCACCCUCUCAGGAAAGAUUUCCCUCUCAGUGGAUUUGUAGAGGUUCGAUAUGAUGAUGAACUGAAGAGGGUUGUUGCAGAGCCUCUUGAGAUGACUCAAGAAUUCCGCAAGUUUGACCUAUCAAGCCCCUGGGAGUCCUUCCCUAAUCACAGAGAGCCAGCGCCAGAGCAACUGGAAGAGGGCAAGACAGAAGAGAAGUCGGAUAAAUGAGGGACACCGUAUUUGAAUUGUAUAAAAUACUAUAAAGAUAUAUUCAGAUAUUAGCAGUUGCAGUGGACUGUAGCAACUACUGGUGCCCAUUUCAUAAACACUUACAAUCGUGGUAACUUUGCCAUUAUUGCAACUACCAUGGUAACCUUGAUUGUGAUUGGCUGCUGGGGACUGUUACCAUGGUAGUUGCCUUAAUUGCAAAGUUGAAAUAGUUGGAACUCUUUAUGAAACGGGCCCCUGGUAUAUCAUACGGAGAUGCCAUUGUACAUGUGCUUACAAUCGGUUGUAACCCUUGUACCUGGUUUGCGAUUGGUGUACAGUUACCUUUACUUGCACAAUUGAUUGAAUGUUUUAUGAAACAGGGACCUUAUCUUUUGAUUGGUAUUGAUGGCAAACCAUGUGCUUAACAGUUACGAUUGAUUGUGAGAUUGAUCUCUUUAUGUUGCAGAGCCCAUAUCUAGUGUUGACCAGAAAUGACAGUGAAGAAAGACUUUAAAGGGAGAGGUCAAUACCAAAUGAUAUGCUGUAAAUACAUUUCAGAUUUAUUUGUCCAUCAAGAAUGGAGUAACUUGUGUCCAUAUCUGGAAUGCAAUUAAAACAGGUUUAUUUGUGAUGAAUCUGUAUCAUGUAAAGGGUAUUGUGGAACAGCUACCACCUGUUGCUCUAAACCAGAUUUGAAGUUGCAUUAACUUAAGCUCACAACAAAUGAUUUCAUCUGUAUUCAUAUUUUACUCUUGGGUCCUGUAUCACAGAGCUUAGCAAUUGAUCGUAAAACCAAUUUUAACGAUUGAUUUCAUUGAUUAUAAUGCAUUAUUGAUUUUGUACAGUCGCAAAGCUUUUUGUUAUGGGAGUCUGGUACACUGACAAGUACUUGCGUGGUAGCCUCAAAGUAGACACGAUUCAGAUUUAAAUAUCUUUCACCAAAUUUUAUGCGCAGAGAAGGCAAAUGUUAAUUGAACUUUCUCAAAAAAGCUGUAAUACCUAAAAGUGGGCGUGUCAGUAGUUUGGUCAUUGUGCUAGGAUCUUACAGAGAAAAUGGCAUGGGUUAUGAUGUGCUUCAACAGUUUGAUGAUAUUUGAAUAAAGUAAUGUAUGAUACUGUUA